AUGUUAUAAUAAAGUAAACAAUUGAGAUAACAAUAUGAACAAGAACUAGAAUAGCAACUUUCUAUUGAUAGAAAGGCAAAGUUCCAGUAUUAUUAAAAUCAAUUACAUCCAAAGCCUAAAUUCUUUAAAUGUAUUAAAACACCAAACAGAUCCUUUUUAUAAUAAUCUAUCAAAAUACCAAAAGUGGAAUAAAGUUAUAGAGAUUUUUAAGACAUGAAAAACUCUUUGUUUUAAGAAUAAAUUUCAGUUAUUUAAUCUUUCUGUCAUUGCAAAUUAGAAAAGUUGGCAUAACUAUUAUAAAAUCGGAAAUUUUAAAUAAUAAUGAGAGACACAAAAUAGAUAGCCAAUAUUAUUCUUUUUUGUAAGACUAGAAUACAGAAUCUAAAAAGGCAUGUUUGGUGUGAAUUUAUUAAGAACUAUAAUAAAUAAGUUUAAAAGUAAUAAUAUUAACAAAUUGCCAUUGAUUUAAAAGUGCAUAUACAGCAUCUUUUAUUAAAAUCAAUUUUAUUUUAGUGGAGCAUUAUUACAAAGAAGAAAAAAAGAGCAAAUAAAGCUGUUAUUAUUUGGUUUUUUAAAAUUUGGAAGUAAUAUGUUUAAGAGAAAAAAGGAAAGAAAUUAUAUGCUUAUUAAAGAAUUAGAAAAUUAUUUUAAUUUUGGAAAUUGAGAACUUCGUUAAAAAAAGUGAGAGUCAGAUAAGAAAUAAUAGCAAAGCAUCAUUAUAAUAAAACACUUGCACUUUGUGUUUUUGGAUUACUUUAAUAAAACAUCUUGCUUAAUAGAGGAAAUUAAUCAUAAUACUCAAAUGAAUUUCUUAAAUCAGAUUCCUAGAUUUAGACUAUAAAAUUACAAUUAUGA